GCGAGAGGCGCAGUCCUCGCAGCUCCGCCACACCCGCGAUUGCGAUGAAGCUGGGCGUCGCCGUGCUGCUGGUCGCUGCUGGCAUCGCCGCCACACUCCAUGCUACAGGUGGCGAGCCUGUGGCUGGCGGUAUGCAGUACCAAGGACCUGCGCGUCUCAAGAGAGACCCUCUCGGCUUCAACGCCAGAGGUUUCCAUGACGAUAUUUUUGGACAAGAGUUCGGCGUUUUCCAUACAGUGAAGAGGUCCCGGAGCGUAGAGGGCGUGGAGCGUCCGCUGAUGGUCAGUGUUUCUGAGAGCUCCGGCAAGAAUGAACGUUACAAGAGAGAAGUGGGUGCCCUCCCCUCUAUGCCAUCUGCCACCAAAGCAAUGGAAUACUCAAAACGUCGGCCUGAAAUGGGAUCGAGCGGCUUUCACGGAGACACAUUUUCGAGCGGCUUCGGUGAAUUCUGGACCAUGAAGAAGAAAGGACAUGUGAAGCGAGACCCUGAAGUUGCAGAACCGAUUCCAUAUUCAGACAUAUGGUCAGAUGAGGAAGUAGAAAAAAAAUCUGGGAUAAACGAAGGGUUCGCUUCCGACGAACUGCCUGCUCGAUUUAGGGAGGAGAAGCUCCUGUUUGGGCAACAACUGCCGGGUGGAGCUAGGAGGCAGUUACUGAAAAACAAGGGCGACUGGCAGAGAAUCAUCUCGGCUUCUUUUCCCGUUAAGCCGUAUAUGAGAGGGAACGAAGAUGCAGUACUCGACAUGCUUCGCUCCCGCAUGGGUUCGAUGAAAUCUGAGAGAGACCCUGGUCUUGACGACGCUGCAGAAGAAAGGAGCUUUUUCGAGAGAAGUCCGCAGAUAGGCGAGACUGUCAUAAAUCGAGAUGCACUCCCACAUGGACUCGCUGAUUUGUGGAAAACGAGCGUCAACUCUCAACAAGAAAAUCUGCAAAAGAGGCGGCCCGAGAUGGGGUCCUCGGGAUUCCAUGGUAACAUGUUCAGCAACGGUUUCGGAGAGUUCUGGCCGAUGAAGAAAAAAAGUAACACUUUGGACGUGGACGGAGACGUUGGCGUUGACAAACUGCUGCCAAUGAAGAGGAGACCGGAGAUGGAUUCCUUGGGAUUUCACGGUGACACUUUCCAUAACGGCUUCGGAGAUUUUUGGCCGAUGAAGAGAUCCACCCCUGCAGAAAAUUUUGCCACUGGACGCAGUGAUCCUAAGAUCGAGCAGAACUACACACAUUCGAAAGAAUGCUGCGAGGAUAACGAAAAAAACUGAUCUAAAAUUAGCGCAAGUUCAAACUUCAGAUGAUAAUGUAGUUUAGAGUGGCCUAUGAGCCUAAUACUGUCCUAAAAAUGUAUGCUCUUACUGUCGUAUUUGUUAACAAAAAACAUGUACGAUAUCGAUAAAUAUAAUGAGCAAGGAAAAUAUCUUUGAGGUAACUAAGUAAGCAUUAACACUGUAAGUUCCCAUUGUGCAAGCUUUUUAGGUAACCCUGACUAUUUUUUGGAGGCUGCAGACUACGUUAAUGAAAACCCUAAGUGUAAAUACAAGUCUUACUUUUUUGUGAAUAAUUUACGCUGUCAUUUUACUUAACAGUGAUGAGCUGUUUAGUUUUUCAGAUACUGAUGUUUUCAGGUGCUGUGCUUAACACAAUAUUGCAUGCUGAUAAAAAAGACAUAUUAAUAGAAUUAAAUAUUCACUGAGUAUGUAUACAUUGUGACACAAGACAUUUAUGAAAUAAAUUCGAUUAAUUUACCUGCAA